UCUCCAAAUUUUCAUAUAUAGAAAGCUCCCAGCCGAACAGUUUUUUAGUUGUAUUUUCCUCCAAAGGGCCUCCCUUUUGUUUCUUUUUUCAACUCCUCAGCCAAUGGUCGCUCACUCUCACUCGUUCCCAUAAUCACCGGAGAGAGGAUCCCCUCUUCUUUGCCGAUCACCGGUAAACGCCCCACUUUGACCGGAUAAGCUAGGGUUCCAACGAUAUAUUUUCUUUUUUUUUUGUUCAUAUUAUUCUUCUCUCUCCUGAGAAAUGGCGUCCGAGGAUGUGAAGAGGAGCGAGUCGGCGGUCACGACGAUCGUGAAUCUUGCUGAAGAAGCGAAGCUUGCUAGUGAAGGAGUUAAAGCACCGAGUCGCGCGUUCCUUAGUAUUUGCAAGUCUCUUGUUGCUGGUGGUGUCGCUGGUGGAGUGUCACGUACUGCUGUCGCUCCCCUAGAAAGAUUAAAAAUAUUACUUCAGGUUCAGAAUCCUCAUAGUAUAAAAUACAAUGGAACAAUACAGGGUUUGAAAUAUAUAUGGAAAACUGAGGGUUUCAGGGGAAUGUUUAAAGGCAAUGGUACUAAUUGUGCUCGCAUCAUUCCUAACUCAGCGGUGAAGUUUUUUAGCUAUGAGGAAGCAUCUAAGGGGAUUUUGUACCUUUACCAGCAGCACUCAGGAAAUGAGGAUGCUCAACUCACUCCAGUUCUACGCCUUGGAGCUGGUGCAUGUGCUGGAAUUAUUGCCAUGUCAGCCACUUAUCCAAUGGAUAUGGUGCGAGGUCGUCUAACCGUCCAGACUGAGAAGUCACCUCGCCAGUAUAGAGGAAUCUUUCAUGCUCUUUCAACAGUAUUACGGGAAGAAGGUCCUCGUGCUUUGUACAAAGGCUGGUUACCUUCUGUAAUAGGAGUUGUACCCUAUGUGGGUCUUAACUUUGCGGUUUAUGAAUCUCUGAAAGACUGGUUGAUCAAAAGCAAACCAUUUGGGCUAGUUGAGGACUCUGAAUUGGGUGUCGUGACAAGGCUUGCAUGUGGGGCUGCUGCUGGAACUGUUGGCCAGACAGUUGCUUACCCUCUUGAUGUCAUUCGACGGAGAAUGCAGAUGGUGGGCUGGAAAGAUGCUGCUUCAGUUGUCACUGGUGAUGGGAAGAGCAAGGCCCCUCUUGAAUAUACUGGUAUGGUUGAUGCAUUCAGGAAAACAGUUCGGUACGAGGGCUUUGGAGCAUUAUACAAGGGUUUGAUUCCCAAUUCCGUGAAGGUGGUUCCCUCAAUAGCAAUUGCAUUUGUCACAUACGAGUUGGUGAAGGAUGUUCUCGGGGUUGAGUUAAGGAUAUCAGACUGAAGGAACUCCCAAGAUAUUUUGGUCAAUCUUUUGUGAGUAGAAGGAAAGGAGUAUAUCAUAGGUCAUAUAUCUUCCUCACUUACAGCCCAUCCUCUUUCAGUCUUAGGUUGUUAGCUUCCUAAUUCAUAAUAUGUUGUGACAAUAAAGUAUAUACACUGAUAGGAAACGAUGCAGUUGAUAUACACUGAUAGUUUUAUUUUAGUGAAGUUAAAAUCUCUUGUUGCCAA